AGAGGACUUAGCUCAGCUUACCCUCUGACCAUAUUCUCCCCAUCAAAGGCUCUAGCCAUGUAUUUAUAAAAUUCUUUAAAACCUUAUCCCUAAGAAGCUGUGUGAGUGUAAAGUACUUACUGUUCUUCACUGUUACCAACAGCAACAAGAGGUUUAGCACCAAGAUAAUAUUUUAGGAAGCAAACAUUGUGACACUACAUCCAUUGGCAAAAGGAUAUUUGAGUUUCAUUGCAGCUGAAAUGAAUGACUUCAUGCAGAUGAAGAUUUAUUUUGAAUCUACAAGUUCAUAAUGUUAUCGGUGAAUGAAAAUACAUAUGAUUUCAUGGAGAAUGAAAAUGAGGAGGGAGAGGAGGAAGAAAAGGUCUUCCCCAAGCCUGUUAUUGAGGACAGAAAUGUAGAACUUGCCCGAAAAUGCACUGAAAUAAUAAGUGAUAYACACUAUAAGGAAGCCUUUGAAAAAUCUAAGGGCAAGUGCAUAUUUGUACCUGACACCCCUCAGCUAAAACAUGUGAAAAGUCUUGGUGCUCUUAUUUCUGAGGUGAAGUACAAAGAAGCUGCUAAGAAAAACCUUUCCAACUCACUGUAUCAGCAGAUGCCAGCCACAAUUGACAGUGUAUUUGCAAAAGAAUUAACACAGCUACAGAGCAAGGUGCCGUUUUAAAACAAAAAGACUAUUGUGG